UGCUUUUAUUUCAAAGUCUUGCUGUUCUGACGAUGAAGAGCACCGAUUCUUGGCAACUCAAACCAAGUGCCACCUAAAAAGAAGUGAGAUGUUGCAGAGAGUGGAAGCGCUCGUCAGAGGGAAAAUACUUUUCCUCUGAUAUACUUUUGCUGUCUGCACUGCAGUGCUGGCAGCCACCCAGCUCCGUUAUCAGCAGAAACUGCAGUAUGAGUCUCCAUUCAAAAUUGAGUUGAUAGCCCUUGGCUGAUAGUUUGCUUUCUGACAAAAACUCAGCGCCGGUAGUUAAUUAUAUGAUGCGCUUAGUAGGUGCUGCCUUUCUCGCUCACUGCUUCUCCAAUCCGAUCACAUUCACAUGUGGACUUUGACAGAGGGAGCAUCUUACUAGUUGUCAUCCUUUUGAAUGCCUGAGAAAAUAGGAGGGGAAACGGUUAAUAGACUUCUGCAGCACGGCAGAGCAACUGCCACAGAGGGAUAUCCUUUUUAAAGUAGCGUCUUGAAUUAACAUCCCCAACAAAUGAAGGCUCCUUUUACUGGAGUGGAAAUUGCCUACACGACGAUUACCAUCUCCCUCCAGAUGCCUUGCCCCCCCUACCAGAGAUCCCGGAUGGUCAGACAGCACUGAGUACUGUCCCUUUGGGGCACUUCCAUUCAGAGAAGCGAGCUUUCCGAUACUGUAGUGUUCGAAGCAUGGACUCCUCAGACAGUGACCGGCCUGUGAGCUACGGCUCCACCUCCUCCUCGGCCUCCUCCCGUAACAGCCACUGCUCCCUGGGCAGCCGCACCACCCUGGUCUCCAACAGCCACCUGGGCCUGGGCCCUGCAUUGCAGGACCGGGAUGUGGGAGCAAUCCGACUGGAGCUGGUCCCUGCCAGGCAGCUGGACUGUAGAGAGAGGCAGGGGAGCCAGGUUGAAGAGGCAGAGCUGGAGGACAAGAGUCUGAGCAGUGUGAAGAGAACCGAUGGCAAGGGAUCCGAUAAACACAAUGCAACAUCGACGCCAGCCAUCGAGCCAGCUAGUCCCAAGCUUCUUUACGUGGACAGGGUUGUCCAAGAAAUCCUUGACACAGAAAGGACCUACGUACAAGACUUGCAGAGCAUCGUGCAGGAUUACCUUGACUGCAUCACUGAACAAUCCAGGCUUCCCCUGGGGACAGAGGAGAGGGCAGAACUCUUUGGCAACAUUCGUGAUAUUUACCACUUCAACAGUGAGCUCCUUCAGGACCUGGAGAACUGUGAUGCUGAUCCUGUAGCCAUAGCAGAGUGUUUUGUUGCGAAGAGUGAACAGUUCCACAUUUAUACCCAAUACUGCACCAACUACCCAAGGUCCGUAGCUGUGCUGACAGAAUGCAUGAGGAACAAAGCACUGUCCAAGUUUUUCUGGGAGCGUCAAGAAGCUCUGCAGCACUCCCUCCCGCUUGGCUCCUACCUGCUCAAGCCGGUCCAGAGAAUCCUCAAGUACCACCUCCUCUUGCAUGAAAUAGCAAACCACUUGGACAAAGACACUGAGGCUUAUGAUGUAGUGCCUGAUGCCAUUGACACAAUGCAGAGGGUUGCAUGGCACAUAAAUGAUAUGAAGAGAAAACAUGAACAUGCAGUGAGGUUACAGGAGAUACAGAGUUUACUUAUCAAUUGGAAAGGUCCGGACUUGAUUAGCUACGGGGAACUGGUUUUAGAAGGAACAUUCCGCAUCCAGCGUGCCAAGAAUGAACGCACUUUGUUUUUAUUUGAUAAACUUCUGCUUAUUUCUAAGAAAAGAGAAGAAUCCUAUGCAUACAAAGCCCACAUUUUGUGUUGCAAUUUAAUGCUGGUGGAAGUCAUACCAAAGGAACCACUUAGCUUUAGUGUCUUCCAUUACAAGAACCCCAAACUUCAGCACACUGUACAGGCUAGAUCACAGCAGGACAAACGACUCUGGAUUCUUUAUUUAAAAAGACUAAUACUUGAAAACCACCCUGCUAAGAUACCAGCCAAGGCUAAGCAAGCUAUUCUGGAGAUGGAUGCUGCUCAUCACCCAGGUUUCUAUUAUAGCCCAGAGAGUGAAAAGAAAGCUGCUUUAAGCUCUAAAGAAGGCGGCAAUCCUCGGAGGGUGAGAAGGAAGUCAGAAAUUAAUUCUGAUGUGCAAAAGAUCAGUGUGGAAGAGUCUCUCCUGUCUCAAGCUGCCAAGCUAGGCUUGAGUGAUGAUCCCCUGGACUCCAGUGGCAAGAAGGGCAGCCUAGUGAAUCAGUCCCGGAUGUCCCUGGACCACACCUACCCCAGCGACCCAGAAGAGAGUCUUCACAUGCAGGCUGUGGAGCAAGCCGAUGCUGAUGAUGAGGACGAGACUGAGCAGGGUGUUGAGCUGAACUCCAAAACUCAAACGAAAGGAGGCAGGAAAAGACUCAACAGCCAAGCUUCAGAGAACGUUGAAAAGAGAAGGAGUCUUAAUGUCAGCACACAUGAUUUGCAGACAUCUAAAGAAUCCAAGGACACUGGGCACUCAGGCAUUAACAAUAGCACUACGAACUCUGUGCGCCACCCUGCCAGGCAGUCAGACACCCAGAGUAACUCAGACUUGAAAGUUGUUCUGGGAGGUCCUCAGGUCAUCCAAAACAUCUGGACAGAUCAUCAGAUCAGGCAGGCGUUAUUUCCAAGCCGACAACCCGCCCAUCAAGCUGAAGAGGAGGAGGACCCGAUGUUUGUGCCUUCCUCCUCCGCACCCAAUCUCAAAGUCACCAAAGCUAAAGAAGGGAACCGAGGUCCUGGAAGGGCAUGCAGUUGGCAUGUUGAACAACCUGAAGAAAAUACCCCUAAAGCCAACCGUAAGGUUAUUAGAAGAGCAAGCAGCGUUGGGGAGCAAAACUCUGAUUUCAAACCUUCGACCAUAAGUGAUGGUAACAAGCCAAAAGCACAAGACAAUAGAUUGCAAGUGGAUGAGCCCUCAGAACAGCUCACCAUUGAUGACACUGAGAAUAUCUAUGACAACAUCAGUUACGAGGACAUGAAAUCAAUGGGCCUCAUUCGAAGAGAGCAAGGAGCAGUGGCAGAGAAAACGAAUUCAGGUGUGACCUCUACAGAAAGGCCAGUCAGUCAUAAUGGGAACUCUGGGAGGAAUACCUAUAAAGCCAAAGUUCAGGAUUCUGUUUCUUUUGGUUCUUGUGAGCUAAAAAUUGUUGAGGAGAACAUAUAUGACACAAUUAUGUUUUCAGGCCUGCUUUUGGAAACCUACAAGAGUGACUCGAGCAAACGGGACAGCUUAUUUGGGGUCGAGGCAAACUUUGCUUGCUGCGAUAGCCUGGGAGGGUUCAUCUCUGAAGAGAGCUUGCAGUUCAGCGAGGAUGAUACACCUGACCACCGGGUUCCUGAGGACAGAGACCUUUUGGGCUGGGUGGAUAGCUCCUCCAAUUCUGAUUCUCUUUCCCACAGGUCAGUAGCAGAUAAGCUGUCUGAAGAGGUUGAUGAGAUAUGGAAUGACCUGGAAAGCUACAUCAAGAAAAAUGAAAAGAAGCAAGACCACCUCCCAGCUGCUUUCCCUGUUAGUAAGCAUGAUGUGCAGAAGAAGGCUCAUGCUAAAAGUGUACCUGAGCUCCAUAGAGAAGAGGUACAUAGAGAAGCUGAGUACUCUGCUUCUACCUUUUCUAUUCCUGAGAAGACUGGUUUCACCAAAACUGUUCAAAAGAAGCUAGCAAGGCUCAGCUCUGGCAGCUGUAGGUUAGAGGAAUGUGACUCACACAAUGACAGGUCGAGUUUCAGUAGAUCUUCAUUCAUCAGUGAGGUAGGGAAUCUGGAGAGCUCUCAAAUCUCCAGAAACAGCAUUCUCUCCAACAUCAGCUCAGAAAGUUCAGAUCUGGGAGCAGAUAUUGUGGAUAAAACAAAGAACAGGGUGUUCAUGAUGGCAAGACAGUAUAGCCAGAAGAUCAAAAAGGCCAAUCAGAUGUUGAAGAUGAGAAGCCCAGACCAGGAGAAUACACCCGGUAAGCCAAAAUCAAGGCAAAAGGAUCUUGCAGAUAUCCUGGAGGAGAAGAAACAAGGCGGUCCUGCAAUAGGUGCCAGAAUUGCAGAAUAUUCACAUCUGUAUGACCAGAUUCUGUUUAGAGACACUCUCCCCAAAGCCCAGAAGACUGGGGGAGACAAUACUAUUGACUCUUUGAUCCAGAACACUCCACAGUGGCAGCUGACAUCUCUGUGCUAUUCUCAGUUUGGUUCAGACAACCACUGUCUCGAUGAGGAUUGGCUGCAUGCUACUUACAGUAAUGAAGAGCUGUCGGAUUUCAUCUCCUGGCCUGACGAACCAGAACUCUCCCAUGAGGACCGGUCAGAUGCUGCCCAACGGAAAUUGUCCCCGGCCUGCUCUGUCCCAGCUCUUAAGUCUGUUACACACCCACAUGCCCCAACUCAACGGUGGAAUGCUUUCAUAAGCCAGCCUAAUAAAGAAAACUUGAACCAGCAACAUGUUUACAAUUCUUUGCAUAGGAGGCCGAAUUCUGCCAAAUCAAACCCUUACAACAGGUGUCAGUCCUCAUCCUCUGUCAUGGUAAACAGCACAACAUUGGAAUCUACAGGUCACCCAAAUCAAAAAGAAAUGAUUCUGGUUACCUUAAAUAGAAAUUCAGUAGAGGACAGGCACCAUGAUUCGAUGCUGAGCCACAAAAGUGAGCAUAUGGCCAUCCGUGAAGGACAGCGACACAGUGUUGCCGAGCAAAGUUCAGAUAACCAAGCAGAUAUGAUUCUUCAGGACUCCCAAAAAGUCCUAUUGGUGAGUAGAAACUCACCGCUUAACGCACACAUUGCCACUCAGAACUAUUUUGCCAAUUUUAAACACACAGACGAUCGCGAUGAUGAUGAGGACUAUGUGGAGAUUAAGUCUGAGGAUGAAGAGCAGGACCUGGCUUCAGAACGGAACUUGAAUGGGGGAUUGGCAUCCAGCCUGAAAGAGCCCUGCAGCAGUAGGCUGUCACUCAGCACUCCAUGCUCACCUGUAAAGACUUUACACAGCAACAUCGGUCCCGGCGUCUCUUUGACUGACUUUACCGAACAAGAUAAACUCAAUGAAUACCUAUGGAGAGUACCCUCAGAAAACCAACAAAACAUAGUGCAGUCUCUGCGAGAGAAAUUUCACUGUCUGAGCUCCAGUAGUUUUGCUUGAGCCUCCUAAUUAUAUUGCGAGCACAUGUUAUAUGCAUAUUUAUGUACACACGUAUUUAUGCAAUCCUAACUCCUUAACUUUUUUUCUGCAGGUAGUACUGUAAUUGGUGUUAGUCAGCAAGUGGCAUUUUACUUACACUCCAGCAAUAACUUAAAAUGUGCUUCUGUACUUGUGUAAAAAUCCUUACAUGUAUUUUUAUGGAAACUAAAAACUUAGGGGCAAAGGAUUUAAUUAGAGCUGAUAAACAGGAAAAAAAUCACCUUUUUUUUUUUUUUUUUUUUUUUUUUUUUUAAGGUUGUUCAGACAGUAAGUUUUCAUGGGCCUAGGUAGCUUCAACAAUAACCCCAAUCUGUAAUUUUAUUAACCUUUAGCAUGUUAAAAACUGACCAGAAUUUAAAGUGAAGUUACAAUUACAAUACAUACUGUACCUGUUUUCCUUUUCUUUUCUUUAAUGAAAACGUCCCAUAUAAUUGAUUCUUAGUGACAAGGACUAAUGGAAAUUAGUUCAUCAAAUCGAGAAAUUAUUCUUGAUAUCCCUCUGACUAUUCAUUGUAUUUAUGGCAGUUGUAUCAAUUCCCAGAUUUAUUUAAAAGUUUUAAUUAUUUAAUAGCAAUUUAUACCAACAAAAAUAAUAAUAAAUGCAAUAAUAAUAAUUCUUUUCUCAAUGCUAUAUUAGUCAUUUUUAUUAUAAUAAAUAAUAAAAUCUGUCAAACAAAUGGGAGGGGCUCCUCAAGGGAAUACUACUUUGCCAUAUGUGUGUGUGUGUGUGUGUGUGUGGUGUGUGUGUGUGUGUGUGUGUG